GCCGGCAAUCGGGUUGUGUUUAUGUGGUGCGGGCUGUUUUGUAUCAAGUGUAAACAAUAUAUUUGGCGUGAUUCGAUAUGGUUUGUAAGUGCUGUGUUACUAACUGCCGCAGGAAUUAUAGUGAUGGAUCUAAAGUGCAUGUGUUCAAGUUUACUGAAAAUAAAGAAGUUAAGAAAAAAGCGCGGGGUGUCCUGAGCACAGACAACGCCACGGUGCUGAAAGCCGUGACAUCUCUUUGUUUGCCGAGGCAGGAUGAUAGUGCGUUGGUUUACCAUUGCCUUCCGUGGGAUCCAGGGGAAAUGGACAUCACAGACACACAAAUUAGGAUCGUGAUGCAUUGUCCAGAUUCAGCUCAAGAGGUGAUUUAUCACCUCGUGUGUUAGUUGAAUACCUAGAUUUGCCAGCACUUACAUCAGUGCCGGAUGAUAGAGAGGAUGUUAGAAACACAGCGUCGUACGAUUCGUCGUCCGAUGACCCAGAUGAAGCUACGGAACCUACUCCACAAGAUGGUGAUCAUGGCGAGAAAUUGCAAGAUCCCGAAAAUACCGGCUCAACAGAUGAUAAGUCAUCCCAUCAUAUAGUUCAGAGGAUAAAUACGCCAUGUCAUACAAAAUCACCAGAGGAUAUGGUGGAAGUAAGAGACCCAACGCCAAAUGUUUCGUCGGAUGACACAGAUGAGUGGAUAGAAGUCACUCCAAUUAUUGGUGAACUUAACAAGAAUUUGCAGGAUCCCGAAUUAUUAACCAUAGCCACACCUUCAGUUAGUACAUCGUCCCAUGAUGUAGUUCAGACGGUAACUCCACCAGGUUAUUCAUUAUCAAUGUAUGAUAUAGUGAAAGUAAGAGCCCGAAAGCCAAAAGGUUCGACAUCUGACAUCACAAGUAAAGCAACGGUACCUACUGGACAAGAUGGUGAUCAUGGCAAGGAUCCCAAAACCAAGAAAACCACCUCAUCAGAUGUUAAGUCGUCCCGUGUUGAGAAGAGAACUAAACCAUGUCGUGUAACAUUUGCUCUUGAAAUAGUGAAAGUAAAACCCCCAACGCCGUGUAAUUCGUCAUCCGAUGACCCUGAUGAAGUGACGGAACCUAUUCUAUAUGAUGGUGAAUUUGACCAGAAUAAUAUAGUUGAGGACAUAAUUUCGCCAAGUUAUGAACCACUCUUGGAUGAUACAGUGGAAGGAAGAGCCCCAACACCAAAGGAUUUACCGUCUAAGGAUUCAGCGUCUGACAAUUUAUCGUCUGAGGACAAAGAUGAAGAGACGGAACCUACUCCACAAGAUGGUGAUCAUGGCGAGAAUAUAGUUGAGAAGACAACUUUGCCAAAUCUUUCAACAUGCUCGGAUGAUAGAGUGGAAGUAAGAGCCCCAAUGCCAAAGGAUUCGUCGACUGACAACAUUUUUAAUCCAGUUGAGAAUAUAGAUUGGUUUGGCUAUUCAGCCAUUUUUGAAUAUAUGUUGGAACCAAGAGCCUCACUGCCAGACGAUUGGUUGACUCACGACCCAAUUGAAGAGGCAGAAGAUACUCCACAAGAUGUUGAUCAUGGCGAGAAUAUAGUUGAGGAGUUAAUUUCGCCAAGUUUUGAACCACUCUUGGAGGAUACAGUGGAAGUAAGAGCCCCAACGCCAAACAAUUCACCGUCUAAGGAUUCAGCGUCUGACAAUUCAUCAUCUGAUGGUUCAUCGCCUGGUAGUGAUUCAGGGUCUGAGGACAAAGAUGAAGAGACGGAACCUACUCCACAAGAUAGUGAUCAUGGCGACAAUAAUCUAGUUGAGAUAAUUUCACCAAGUUAUGAACCACUCUUGGAUGAUACAGUGGAAGUAAGAGCCCCAACACCAAAGGAUUCACCAUCUAAGGAUUCAGCAUCUGACAAUUCAUCAUCUGAUGGUUCAUCAUCUGGUAGUGAUUCAGGGUCUGAGGACAAAGAUGAAGAGACGGAACCUACUCCACAAGAUGGUGAUCAUGGCGAGAAUAAUCUAGUUGAGAUAAUUUCACCAAGUUAUGAACCACUCUUGGAUGAUACAGUGGAAGUAAGAGCCCCAACACCAAAGGAUUCACCAUCUAAGGAUUCAGCAUCUGACAAUUCAUCAUCUGAUGGUUCAUCGCCUGGUAGUGAUUCAGGGUCUGAGGACAAAGAUGAAGAGACGGAACCUACUCCACAAGAUGGUGAUCAUGGCGAGGAUAUAGUUGAGAAGAUAACUUCGCCAAAUCUUUCAACAUGCUCGGAUGAUAUAGUGGAAGUAAGAGCCCCGAUGCCAAACGUUCAGUCGAGUGAUGACAAAGAUGUUGAGACGGAACCUGCUCCACAAGAUGGUGAUCAUGGCGAGAAUAUAGUUGAGAGGAUAGCUUCGCCAAGUCAUUCAACAUGCUCGGAUGAUGUAAUAGAAGUAAGAGCUCCAACGCCACACGAUUCGUCGACUGACGAGUCAGAUGGAGAGAAGGAACCUACUCCACAAGAUGGUGAUCAUGUCGAGAAUAUAGUUGAGAGGAUAACCUCACCAAGUCAUUCAACAUUCUCGGAUGAUGUAAUAGAAGUAAGAGCUCCAACGCCACACGAUUCGUCGACUGACGAGUCAGAUGGAGAGAAGGAACCUACUCCACAAGAUGGUGAUCAUGGCGAGAAUAUAGUUGAGAGGAUAGCUUCACCAAGUCAUUCAACGUGCUCGGAUGAUGUAAUAGAAGUAAGAGCUCCAACGCCACACGAUUCGUCGACUGACGAGUCAGAUGGAGAGAAGGAACCUACUCCACAAGAUGGUGAUCAUGGCGAGAAUAUAGUUGAGAGGAUAGCUUCGCCAAGUCAUUCAACGUGCUCGGAUGAUGUAAUAGAAGUAAGAGCCCAACGUCACACGAUUCGUCGACUGACGAGUCAGAUGGAGAGAAGGAACCUACUCCAAAAGAUGAAUAUAGUUGAGAGGAUAGCUUCGCCAAGUCAUUCAACGUGCUCGGAUGAUGUAAUAGAAGUAAGAGCUCCAACGCCACACGAUUCGUCGACUGACGAGUCAGAUGGAGAGAAGGAACCUACUCCACAAGUUGGUGAUCAUGGCGAGAAUAUAGUUGAGAGGAUAGCUUCGCCAAGUCAUUCAACGUGCUCGGAUGAUGUAAUAGAAGUAAGAGCUCCAACGCCACACGAUUCGUCGACUGACGAGUCAGAUGGAGAGAAGGAACCUACUCCACAAGAUGGUGAUCAUGGCGAGGAAAUGGAUGGUUCACACCCUUUGGAAGGAACCAUUGAGUCCCAAAAUAGUGACAAACAAACUGAAAUGGAGGGAAAUGUUUCAAAUGCCUCACAUGUUGAAAAACCAGCGCAGAGUCUUCCACAGGAAAUGGAUGGUUCACAGGAAGGAACCAUUGAGUUCCAAAAUAGUGACAGACAAACUGAAAUUGAGGGAAAUGUUUCAAAUUCCUCACAUGUUCAAAAACCAGCGCAGAGUCUUCCACAGGAUACAAUGGAAGACUCAGAUGAUGAUGUCCAAAUAGUGGCUGAAUAUAUGUCCCCCAGAACACAUGCUGAUCACAGAGUUCUUAAAAAAAGAGAUAUACUUAGUAGUACAACUACCCCAAUAUUUCUUAGUUUACCAGUUAUAAGCCGUUCUGAAAAGAAAAAAUAUUUUAAGAGAAAAACAAGUUUACCACAAUGUGAAGAGACUGGUACGAAGAAAGAUCAAUCAGAGAAAGGGGUUAGGAAGGAUGAUCUUGAAAAGCAAAACCCCAAACAAAAAGAAGCAACACCCCAAAUGAGAGUACCAAGCGCAUCCCCAUUGGUUGGAGACAAAGAUUUGGACCUUAGAUAUGUAACCAGACGACGUAAAAAGGUUGGACGGAAAAUGCAAGACCCAAAACAGACAGAAGUAAAACGUCGAACAGGAGUCUCUAGAAUACCCCGAUGGGUUGGACACACAGCAAUGGACCAUGGCAUUGUAACCACACAGCCCCAAAAGGUUGGACUGAAAAUGCAAGAUCCAAAACAGACAGAAGUAAAACGUCGAAUGGAAGUCCCUGGCAGACCCCAAUUCGUUGGACAUACAGCAAUGGAACGUGGCAUUGUAACCACACAGCCCCACAAGGUUGGACUGAAAAUGCAAGCUCCAAAACAGACAGAAGUAAAAGGUCGAAUGGGAGUCCCUAGCAGACCCCAAUUGGUUGGAUGUACAGCAAUGGACCGUGGCUUUGUAACCACACAGCCCCAAAAGGUUGGACUGAAAAUGCAAGUUCCAAAACAGACAGAAGAAAAAGGUCCAAUGGGAAUCCCUAGCAGACCCCAAUUGGUUGGACACACAACAAGGGAACGUGGCAUUGUAACCACACAACCCCACAAGGUUGGACUGAAAAUGAAACACCGAAAACGAAAAGAAGUAAAACGUCGAACGGGAGUAACUAGCAGACCCCAAUGGGUUCGACGCACAACAAUGGACCGUGGCAUUGUAACCAUACUGCCCCAAAAGGUUGGACUGAAAAUGAAACACCGUAAACGAACAGAAGUAAAACAUCGAACGGGAGUCCCUAGCAGACCACAAUGGGAUGGACGCACAGCAGUGGACCAUGGCAUUGUAACCACACAGCCCCAAAAGGUUGGACUGAAAAUGCAAGAUCCAAAACAGACAGAAGUAAAAGGUCGAAUGGGAGUCCCUAGCAGACCACAAUGGGUUGGAUGUACAGCAAUGGACCGUGGCACUGUAACCACACAGACUGGACUCAAAAUGCAAGACCCAAAACAGACAGAAGUUAAAGGUCAAAUGGGAGUUCCCAGCAGACCCCAAUUGGUUGGACGCAGUGAAAUGCACGCUGAUAAUGUCACCAGACGUCGAAAAAAGGUUGAUCUUGAAAAGCAAAACCCCAAACUGAAAGAAGCAACAGCCCAAAUGAGAGUACCAAGCGCAUCCCCAUUGGUUGGAGACAAAGAUUUGGACCUUAAUGUAACCAGACGACGUAAAAAGAAGGAAAUUCAGAGACCAAAAGCAUCAUCAUUAAAAGGACAAACUGUCAAAAGAGUUUUCAGAAUGGUUGCUAUAAAAGAUAAGCAGUCUGGCAUAAAUUUGUCUGAGGUUGAUCCGGAAAAGCAAGACCCCAAACGGAAAGGUUCAAUGACAGUCCCUGGCAUAUCCCCAUUGGUUGGAGACAUAGAUUUGGACCUUACAAAUGUAACCAGACGACGUAAAAAGGUUGAUCCGGAAAAGCAAGACCCCAAACGGAAAGGUUCAAUGACAGUCCCUGGCAUAUCCCCAUUGGUUGGAGACAUAGAUUUGGACCUUACAAAUGUAACCAGACGACGUAAAAAGGUGAAAAGAUUAACACAGAUAGCUGAAACGAGUAUAGAAGACCUAAACCAGCUUAGAACAACAAGAGGGGCUAGUAUGAAAUCCCCAAAUUUACAAAAGGAAAAAAGCAUAAUGCAGACAGCUGAAACGAACAUAGAAGAGCCAAACCAGAGUAAAACAGCAAAAGGGGCAGGUAUGAAAUCCCCAAAAUUACAAAAGGAAAAAAGCAUAAUGCAGACAGCUGAAACGAACAUAGAAGAGCCAAACCAGAGUAAAACAGCAAAAGGGGCAGGUAUGAAAUCCCCAAAAUUACAAAAGGAAAAAAGCAUAAUGCAGACAGCUGAAACGAACAUAGAAGAGCCAAACCAGAGUAAAACAGCAAAAGGGGCUGGUAUGAAAUCCCCAAAAUUACAAAAGGUAAAAAGUUUAAGGGAGAUAACUGUAGAGGACAUAUACGACCAAGACGACCCACACCGGCCUAGCACAUCAAGAGAAGUGUUUAGGAAAACCAUAGGCAAAAAAAAGGUAAAAAGCUCAAAGAGGAGAGGUAAAGCAAGCAUAGUAGACGAAAACCUGCCCAGCACACCAAGAUGGGAUGGUAUGAAAACAACGGACGUAAGAAAGGUAAAAAGUUCAAAGGCGAGAGCUCUACGUGGCGAAACCCAGCCUAGCACACCAAUAUGCGUUGAUGUGGAAACCACAGACAUAACAAAGACUGCUGAAACGAAUAUAGAAGAGCCAAACCAGCUUAGCACAUCAGGGGCUGGUAUGAAAUCCACAGAUUUACAAAAGGAGAGAAGCAUAACGCAGACAGCUGAAAUGAAUAUAGAAGAGCCAAACCAGCUUAGCUCAUCAGGGUCUGGUAUGAAAUCCACUGAUUUACAAAAGGUGAAAAGUUUAAAGCCAAGAGCUGACAAGAAUGGAGAUGAUGCAGACCAGUCUGGUACAUUAGAAGAUGCUGAUUUCAGGGGAUUUGAUGUCCCAAUGGUGUCAGGCGAUAAUUUAAGUAACUUGGAAUCUAGCCGAAUGUGUAACCUGACUGUAGAGCUAUGCGAAGACUACAAUGAAUCAGUCGAGUCCGCUCCACGUGUGCUAGAAACAGAUACUUUGUCGUGUUCGGAGAAUAGAUCAGAGAGUGGGGUCAUUGGCUCGUCAGACCCAGUAGUAACAGCAGAGCCAUGCGAGAAAAAUGCUGAAUCGGUCGAGUUCGCUCCACGUGUGCUGGAAACAGAUACUUUGUCGUGUUCGGAGAAUCGAUCAGAGAGUGGGGUCAUUGGCUCGUCAGAACCAGUAGUAACAGCAGAGCCAUGCGAGAAAAAUGGUGAAUCGGUCGAGUCUGCUCCACGUGUGCUGGAAACAGAUACUUUGUCGUGUUCGGAGAAUAGAUCAGAGAGUGGGGUCAUUGGCUCGUCAGACCCAGUAGUAACAGCAGAUCCAUGCGAGAAAAAUGCUGAAUCGGUCGAGUCCGCUCCACGUGUGCUGGAAACAGAUACUUUGUCGUGUUCGCAGAAUCGAUCAGAGAGUGGGGUCAUUGGCUCGUCAGAACCAGUAGUAAUAGCAGCGCCAUGCGAGAAAAAUGCUGAAUCGGACGAGUCCGCUCCACGUGUGCUCGAAACAGAUAUUUUGUCGUAUUUGGAGAAUAGAUCAGAGAGUGGGGUCAUUGGCUCGUCAGACCCAGUAGUAAUAGCAGAGCCAUGCGAGGAUAUUCCUGAAAUUGUCGAGUCCGCUCCACGUGUGAUUGAAAUAAUUACUUUGUCUGAUACGGACAGUGAACCAGAGAAUGGGUGUAGUGGCUCGUCAGACCCAGUUGCAACAGCGCAGAUUAGUACUUCAAGUUUACUCUCUCGCACAAUAAAAAGACCGAAUCUCUUGACUUCUUCUUCUUCAUCUGGAUCUGCAUGGAGUUUGCCACUCACUGCAAGGAGACAUAAGGUUGUAGUAUUUGAUGAUAGUACUGAUGAUGAUGACUACAACAGUAAUUUGUCUACUGAGCAACUGAUUACUAUGACCGAACAACUGAUGUCAACACACAAACAACCGAGGACUUCAUUUAGUAACACAAAAAGGGGCAGACGAUCAAGACAUUAAUGUGACUGUUUUUGUGUUUUUAUAAGUUUUAUUUUGGAAUGGUAUCCAUUAAAAUUAGAAAUGCUACUGAUAUAAUAUUGAAAGUUGCAUUUUUUUUUUCUUUAAAUUUUUAAAAUGUAAUGUUUGAUUUGUCACAGUGUUAUUUGAUAAAAUUUAUCUUUAAAAUAAAGUUUAUCAUUAACAA